CUUGCGACAGCACCCCACACGCUCUGCCACCAACACCUCGCUCCAUUUGUUACUUUUAGCGAGCAAAAUGGCCGCUGUUUGCGUCUCCCAGAAGGCUGUGGCAGUCCGCCCGGCGGCCACUCGCCGCGUGGCGGUUGCUCGCCCUGCUGCUCGCAUGGUCGUCCGCGCUAGCGCUGAGCGGCCCCAGAUCAACAAGAAGGCGCUGGUUGCUGGCCUGACCGCUGCCUCUGCCGCGGCUAUGACCGUGUCUCCCAUGGCUGAGGCCGCAGUCACCCCCUCGCUCCGCAACUUCCUGUACUCGCUGGUCGCCGGUGGAGCCGUGCUGGGCGCUAUUGCUAUUGCUAUUACCGCUGUGUCCAAGUUCGACUCCGUCAAGCGCGAUUAAGCAAUGGGCUUGGAGAUCGGGAUGGGCUUGCAGUCUUCUAGUUUUGGAGCGGAGAGGGGACGCGUUGCAUAGGGAUGCAAUUUGGGCGCAAGUACGCUGGCGAGCGUGCUUGUAGCAGGCUUUGCCUGUGACCAGCUGGUCGGGCAUGCAUGCGCAGCGUUGGCUGGGGUCCAGGCAGAGUGGAGGGAAGUUCUACGCGGAGUGAUGUCCGGCAUCAAUUUGAUGAUAUGUACAGUAAGGACAGAGGUUAUGCACGGCCUAUCCAGCGGUAACGGCGUUUUUGA